AUGGAUUUAUCUCUAGUGCUGCUGCUGAUGAUUAUCAUAAGUAAUGUAGCCAUCGACAAAUCACAAGGACACCAGUACUGUUCUCCUCUGGCGAACACAAGCUACUGCGCAAAUUCUUCCAGUUACGUGGACUGUCAUGGACAAAAUGUCUCUUGCAAGGCCUAUUCCUGCAUCCCUCAGAGUGCCGGCUGCUCCUGCAUGAUCGGAUCCUACGACUGCAGCAGCAACUGCAGCUAUGAAGCUUCUCCAGAUCUCUGUAGUUGCAGUGCAUAUACUUGCCUCUGCCUGAACGAUAUGAUGAAUACUUCAAACAGCGUAAGUGGGAAUCUCACUGCAGAAAACAUAGUGAAUUUUGUUGACCAGAUCGCAAAUAUGGCAGGUCUGAUGUCUACGGAAGUGGCAGAAAACUAUUUGAAGAUUGUUGAUGCCACCCAGGUAAAGGUUUCAGAGUUGGUCGGCGCUGAAGAUAAAAGUAACUUGGUGUCAUAUGGAAACACUUAUCUGAAGGCCUUUGAGAGCCUGGUGUCUGCACUAGUGACACCAACAGAAACUCACAACUGGCUGAAUAUUAGUCUCAAGAAUACAGAGGGUCAAGUCUUCAUGGUUGGACCAAAUGUCACCGUAGAUAAAAUCCCUCGACUCGACACGACAAAUUCUUCUGUGGACAUCGAUCUCAUUGGGAUCGCCAAGAAUAACAAUGAAAGAUCAGCUGCUGUGGCUUUCAUGAGCUACAACACGAUGGAGAAUCUACUGAAGCCAGACUUCUUCAACACAUCAAAAGACAUGGUUAACACCAUGAUGUCUACUGUGAUCUCAGCUACUCUUCCCAAAACCACCAACACUAAACUCACCAAACCAGUCAACUUCACCCUCAAACACAUCAGAGAGUUUGAUCCCAGUGGUUCUCUGUCCUGUGUGUACUGGAAUAUCAGCGAGUGGAUUGUAGAUGGUUGUUCUGUUUUAAAGACCAACAGCAGCUACACUGUGUGUUCCUGUGAUCAUCUGUCGACAUUCGCUCUCAUCAUGCAAACCAGCCGUCAGUCAGAGAGCGACUCACUGAUGGAGCUGUUGAAUUUGGUGUGUGUGAUCGUGGGGCUGGUGUUCUUCAGUUUGGCCCUGUUGACCUUUGCCCUUUGUCAGUGGAGUCCUGGAGUGAAUAAUGUGGCUCGAAUCAACAUCUGCAUCAGUCUUCUGUUGGCUCACCUUCUGUUUCUGCUCACACAGCAGUUCCUGAGCCUCAUACGGCGUCAGCAGGUGUUGUGUGCCGUGAUCUCAGGCCUUCUGCACUUCCUCUUUCUCUCCGGCUUUGUGUGGAUGUUCAUUGAAGCUGUGCUGCUCUUCAUCUGUGUGAAGAACCUAUCACAGAUCAGCUCCAAAAAGAGGGAGGUGCUUAGCAGUGGAUUCCUGUGUGUGAUUGGAUAUGUGGUUGCUCUGGUUGUGGUGUGUGUGUCUGUCGGUCUGGUUCCUGAAGACUACGGCAGCGAACACUGCUGGAUUAAAAUGGAUAAAGGCUUCAUCUGGAGUUUUCUGGGUCCUGUUUGCGUCAUACUAGCAUUGAACAUGAUUCUUUUCAUCAAGAUCGUCAUCAGUCUGAACUCAACUCUCAAAACUCUCAACGCUGAAGUUUCACAGAUAAAACAAACCAAGAUCAUGGCGUUUAAAACACUGGCUCAGUUUGUGGUUCUUGGUUGCUCCUGGAUUCUGGGUUUCUUCACUGAUGUCAGUAAGGUGCUGGAGAUCCUCUUCCUGAUCUUGAACUCCCAGCAGGGAACCUUCAUCUUCCUGAUCUACUGUGUCUUCAAUAAUGAGGUCAGGCAGCAGUACAGGAAGUUCUUCAGAUGUCUUUGCAGUGGACGAAAACAACACUGAGGACCACAUCAUCAGUGGAAAAUGAGAGAAGUGUCAUUAUUAUACAGUUAAAUACAUGUACAACUAAAGUAGAUACAUAUUACAGGCAAAUCCGUGCUCCUGUCUAUAAAUAAUAGUCAUUAA